GAAGGCUGAGCAGGAGCGUCCUGCCGCGGGCGGUGGGGCGAGGCCUUACUGGCGCUGGCGAAUUGGAGCCAGAGGCGGAGGAAACCGGCUGGGGGUUUCGGGCCUCUUUGGGCGCGCGGGCCACAGUGCAUCCAUUGUGCCGCGGCCCGCCCCCGGCCAGACGUUCCCAGGCCGCGGCCCUGCCCCAGCCCGUCCGCAGGAAAAUACUGAGCUGAGGUGCUCUAGGAAAUUCGACAUUAGUUCAGAAGACAGUAGACUGACAGAUUCCUUUGGCUUUUCACCAUGAGGCUAGCAAAACCUAAAGGGAAUAUUUCUCGGGGCUCAAGCCAAGGAAAAGCAUAUGAAAACAAAAGCAAGCGGAAGACAGCCCGACCCCGUCAGAAAUGGGGGGUGACCAUUCUAUUCGACUCGGGUUUGAGCAGGCUGAGAAGAAGCUUGGAUGAAAAGCCCUACAAAUGCACAGAAUGUGAGAAGAGUUUCAGUCAGAGUUCCACCCUUUUUCAGCACCAGAAGAUCCACACUGGAAAGAAAUCCCAUAAAUGUGCCGACUGUGGGAAAAGCUUCUUCCAGAGCUCUAACCUCAUUCAGCAUCGCCGCAUCCACACCGGGGAAAAGCCCUAUAAGUGUGAUGAGUGCGGAGAGAGGUUUAAGCAGAGUUCCAAUCUCAUUCAGCACCAGAGGAUCCAUACUGGGGAGAAGCCGUACCAGUGUGACGAGUGUGGCCGGUGUUUCAGCCAGAGCUCCCACCUCAUCCAGCACCAGAGGACCCACACCGGGGAGAAGCCCUACCAGUGCAGUGAGUGCGGCAAGUGCUUCAGCCAGAGCUCUCACCUGAGGCAGCACGUGAAGGUGCAUAAGGAGGAGAAGCCCCACAAAGGCCGGGGCACAACCAUCAGGGCAAAACCGCACCUGGUGACCUCCUGGAAAGCGGGGAAAGGACGGAAGUCAGCGCCUGGGCUCCGCCAGGGAAAGGGCACUGCUUCGGGCCUUUUUAAAAAGAAUAAAAAAUGAAGAGAAAAGCUCUCUCUUAGAACAAGGAAGGCUUAAUAGUAGAGGUCUUAGAUACUGACUCCUUCCCUAGCAUGGAGGCCUCGGGGGUUUAAUGACAUUGGGCUGAUGCUUUGUGGGUCCAGCUGCCUUCAUGUCUUUUUUAUGUGACAUGGAGCAGAAAAAACUGAAAAUACGCUUUUAGAACUGGGGACCCUUAUUGGUAGAGCACUUAGGUAUCGGAUCCUCCCUAGCAUGGAGACACUGGGGGUUUAGUGACAUAGGCUGAUGCUGCGUGGGUCCAGCCACCUUGGUUUCACUUUAUGUGACACGGAGCACAGAGAACUGAGGACAUGUGUUUAGAACUAGGGCCACUUCCUAGUAGAGCACUUAGAUACCCGGUCCUACUUGGCAUGAAGAUACUGAGGAUUUAAUGAGGCCUGAAACUGGGAGUCCAGCUGCUCCCCUUUUUUUAUCUGUGACAUGGAAGACAAGAAAAAUGUUUUGAUAGAAUAUAAGAUCCUUGACCUCAUUAGAAGUUCCCUUCUGCAUCAUUUUAACAAAAGUGUCUUGUUUUCACAACACGUUGGUGAAAAUGCAGGCAUACUGAUGAUUACUCAGUUUUAGGACUUCAUGUGAAAGGAACAAUUUUAAAGGGAAAAGAAAAUCAUUAGUUUUGAAGUUCUGCAACAAAUUUGGAGCACUUACGUUUGUAAAGUUUAGUAUAUUAACUACUGGCUUAUGAUGUGAUUCAAGAUUCAGUGUAAUAAAAUGUGUUCAGUUCCCAGAUUAUCAAUCAGCAAAGCCCAUCCGUUUUAGCUUUCUUCUGUUCCCUCCCUUUUUGUUCUGUGUUUUUGUCAGAUACAUUGUAAGAAUGUCUGCUUUUCACCAUGUUCUUCAUCAGAGAUCUUGAAUCCAAAAUAAGGAUUGAACUAGCCCACAAGCCUUCUCAUUUGUCAUGAUGUUAUUCCUGUGUCACUUAUUUUCCAGAAGGUGAAACUGAUUGAUGGUCAUCAUUCCCAUGCCCUCUUUGGGCACUGUCUUGUGCUCUGCUCAGCUGAGCCAGCCGACAUGAGUAAACAAACCACAUCUUGCCAACAAAAUCUCAGCUUGCUUCUUGCUGCAUUACUAGAGAUGUUCCUGCCUUCAAGAUUGUGAGCUUCAGAAAUCAGUUUAUCUUAGAUAAAUGUUUGUCCACAGCAAAAGUCACUUAAAAUGUCAGUGCUUUAAAGCUUACCUUUUCUGUAUUACAAGAAAUAUUUUAAGAAGGCUUGUGAACGUGUUUCUUACCCUCUGUCACAAUGGUGCCAAAUGUUUCAUAUCAACUUUCAGCUCAGGUUUUUAUUUCUAUUGAAUGCUGACAUGAUUUUUUGAUAUAUUUUUUAAUCAUAUCAUUUCCUGCUGUAUUAGUUACAAUUAUCCAUAAAAAUAAAAUAUUUUGCAUAGUA